CGCCCUGCCCGAUGAUGGACAGGAACUACCCGACGACCCCCAGCUUCACCGACCCCUUGGCCCCGGCCGGCGCGCAGCCCGCCGCCUCCUGGGCCUACGAGCGGGGCGCCGGCAGCCUCAAGCCCAGCUUAAGCUAUGGAGGAGGACAUUCAUCACAUUCAGAAGCAGAACUUCACAGACAAACAUACACAGCUUCUCAUCAGCUUCCUGGAUACUCUGCUACACAUCAUUCUACUGGUCUUUCAGGAAUAUUUGAUACCACCAGUAUGCACAGUGCUGGAAGUAACAAUAAGGAAACUUCUUCAGUUAUGAAUUUUCUCUCUGCUAUUGAGUCUCGUACUGCUCAGGCAGUCUCUUCAGGAUCUACCCUUUUACCACAGUUCAGGGCUCCUUCCUGGCAGACAGGUAUGCAUUCUUCAACAGCCACAGAACUUUUUGUUACUGGAGCUUUGCCAACCUCUGGAACAUUUCCACCAACAUCUGCUUUAUCAGCAUAUCAGCAUCCCAACACUUUCAGUAGUAGAAACUUUGCUACUACCCCUUCUCUUACUCUUCAAGAUACUACUUUCAGUGCUACAUCUAAUGGUCUCUUAACUACCCAUGAUCCUUUAUUGCAGAUUAAAACAUCACAAGGCACUGUUCCAACUGCUGUGACAUUUGAGCGCCUAGGCAGUUCUGUUUUAAGUACCAGUAUACCACCUCAGUCAUCAACAUAUCGUUCUGCUCAAGAAUCUGCACCCCAUCUCUUGCAACCUCAAUUUAGUUUGUUGCCUUCAACCCUUGGAGGAGCUCAGCAGGUUUCUCAGGCAUAUAGCACAUCUGUCUUUACUGGUUCCACUGCUUCUAUUGAUCGAGCACUUCAGCGCGAAUGUAGUGUUAUUAAACACCAUCAGCGGCCUUCAAGUACUCAGUCUGUUCAGGCUCAACUGACUGUUUCACAGCAUUCCUUACACAGCUAUUUAACAAGUACAGGUGGAGUUAAUUUUCAGGAUACAUCUAGGCACUCAGCAUUAUCUUGCAGCCCAGUUGGAGAUGUUACUCAGGUGAGCAAUGGAGGACUACAGCAGAAGACUUCUCAAGUCACAGUGGAACUUGCUCAGUCGUACACAUCUGCAAUUCCAUCACCUGGUUUUCCAUCUGCUUCCACAACAAAAGUGAAAAACUGUUCCAUGAAGCAGCCUCCAAGGUCAGCAAAGACCCCCAAGCCUCAGAGUGUAGCUCCCACUGUGCAGACACAAAGCUAUGCUACAACUGCACAAAACCAGAGUUCUGUCAUUACAGGCCAAGCACAGAUCUAUUCUACAGCACAGCUCCCAAGCCUCUUGUCAGUCAGCCAGUCCCAAAACUAUGUUUCAUCCCCAACUCAGAGUGUGCCACCUGUCAGUCACUCACAGGAUUUCUCAUCCAGCAAGGCUGAGAAGCUCCCCUCACUGUAUAAAACAUUGACUUUUUCUGGGCAAUCACAAGCUAUUACUUCUGAUAGUCAAACUCUCAGUUACCCCUCAGAGGAACAGGUAUUGACUUCAGUUCCAAAUGAGAAUUACUCUGGGCAAACGAGGGAACUUUCUUCAGUCAGCCAAUCUCAGAGCUACUCUUCUAGUCACACUCAGGGUUUAUCUCCAGUUAGCCAAUCCCAAGUUAGUUUUUCAUCUCAGUCACAAGUUUUAUCAGCUGUUAGUCCUUCAGAAAGCUAUUCUUCAGGGCAGUCUUUAACACUGACAUCGCCUUCCCUUUCCUUUAAUGCCUCUCCUCGGAUACAAGCUCUUCCAGCCUCGAGUCCUAACCAGAGCUAUAUUUCUUUACAUUCUUCUCAGAAUUCUCAAUCACAGGAAUCCUCCUCUCCACAGUCUCAGAAGUUUUUGCCAUCUGUCCAGUCUCCUCCUUUUGCAUCCCCAGCUCAUUCACAGACACUGCAGAACAGCAGGCCUUCCUCAGAAACAAAGUCAUAUGUUAAAAGGAAGUCUGACUCUAAUUUGUAUGCCUCAUCAAAACGAGAGGAGGAAUUAUCAAUGCAGGAUAUGCAGGCAUUGCAACAGCAAGCUACUCUUGAGUCUUCCACUCAAAGGCUAACUGAUGAGGAAAUCAAUGCUCAGGAUACAUCCUAUAGGGUCUCAAAAGCAGAUGACAGAUACUCUCAAAGUGUCAUCAGAAGUAACUCUCGUCUUGAGGAUCAAGUUGUGGGACUUACUCUUCAAGGAACAAAAAAAGAUGAAAGAAUGGUCAAUUCUGUGGAACAGCUUUCCCAGCAUAUUGGCCAUAUCACUAGUCUAAGCCAUGAUAUGAAGAAGACAGCUAAUUUAAUGCACACGACACAAGUAACUGUGAGCACUAAAGAACUAAACCAGCAACAUUCUCUUAUGCAUAAGGUACAUGAAAGUAAAGCUCAAGAACAGCAAGGCCAAGUCAUCAGCACACCAUCGCAGGUUCAGUCUCAUGCUUUAAGGCAUGGUCAUCAGCUGUGCUUGCCCAGUACACAGGUACUGCUGGAGUCAGCCUGUGACUUGCAGGUUCUUCACCAGUCAAUACUUCAGUCAGGUUUAGGACAAACAAAGGCAUCACCACAAGUGCAAAGAAUACAGAGUCCUCAACAGGUGCCACAUCCAUUCCUUCAGAUGGAUGGUCAUAUUAUUCAAAGUAACGGGGGUCAUUCGCAGCAGCAGCUUCAUACUCAGAAUUCAGAAGUCAUGAAAAUGGACAUUUCUGAGCCCUCAAAGACACUACAGCAGCAUUUGACAACAAAAGAUCAUUUUACUCAGACAAAUCAACAUGAUUCAAAAAACCAGUUUGUUUCUCUCAGUUCAAUAUGUUUCCCAGAAUCUAUACUUCUCAGUGAUGAGAGGAAUAUAUUAUCCAAUGUAGAUGACAUCUUAGCAGCAACAGCAGCAGCCUGUGGAGUAGCACCGUCUGACUUUGCCAAAUCAAAUUCUAAUGAUGGGGAAAUCCAGUCUGUUGAAAAUCGUGAGGAGUCUAAACCACAGUUUCGAUCAGUGGAUGUAAGACACGUGUCUUCUGGUUUCAGUGCCUCACCUACAGUAGUUGGAAAGCCAACAAGCAUUAGUAAUAUUUCCUUGAAUGGAAGCCAAAUUACUAUAAAUCUUACACCAGUGUCAACAAUACAGACAAAAACUGUGAACUUUGAUCAGCAACACAUUGAAACUUCAGAUCAAAAUGUAGCAACAAGAAUGACCUCUCCCACCCUUGGCCCUGGUCAAGAAGAGCAGGAGCAAGGGGCUGUUCCAGUUAAGAAACAAUGUAGCAUCAGUCAUGAAUCUGAAGAAGAUAAUGAUGCUUCAGCUGAUGGUACACUGAAUGCAAGAGACACAGAAUUUGUUUCAAGUGGUAGGAGCCUAAGUGGAGAAAGUGCUGCUUCAGAGAAUGACUUUAAUAUGGGUGGUGAUGAUGGUACUGUGGCAGGUAACCAGUCAAAGGUUUCGUUGCAGCCACUCUCUGUGCCCCACAGUGGAGAUGGAACCAUUAACAGAACUGAAGAAGAAUGCCAAGAUCUAUCUCAAGGGAACCUUCAAAAGAAAAAAAACAAAGGAAAAAUCCAAACCAGAAAUGCUGCGGAAGAUGACAGUGCAAUUCAGAAACAGCUAAAAAGAAGUGGACAGUGCAAACGACAGAAUUCGAGAGGAAGUGACUCGUGUUUCACAUAUUCUUCUGCUGUUUCUGAAAGUUGUUAUGAUACUUACCAGCAUCAGGAAAGAAUGAGGCAAAAAAUCAAAGAAGUUGAAGAAAAACAGCCUGAAGUCAAAACAGGAUUUAUUGCAUCUUUUUUAGACUUCCUAAAAUCUGGGCCGAGGCAGCAGUUUUCAGCUCCAGCCGUCCGAAUGCCAAACAGGACGAGGCGACCUGUUAACCAGGUAGUUCGUGCCCCAUGCCUUCAGCCCUCUGCAAAGCCUCAGCCAGCAGCAGCAGCACCUGUAGCUGCUGAAGGUAGUGAUGAAAGUCCAACCAAAAAUACUGAUGAAGAACUUAAGAAAAAUUUAGAAGCAUUGGCUUCAUUUUCUUCUGAUGAAGAUGAUUCUGUGGGGGGUAACCACGAUCUUCAGAAGAGCAUCUCUACUGCAUUGUCAGCCCUGGAUGAUACAUCUGAUAGAAAGAACAAAUCAGAAGCUGAAAAAGUGGCAGUUGUUCCUGCUGCUGCUGCCACCACCACUGCUGCUGUGAUCAAGCAGGAACUGCAGACAACUGCUCCUGUAUUCAGUGCGCAGGAGAAAACGAAUCCAGCUGACCCCUUAAAAGUAGCCCAACAGGAUGCUGUGACUUCAGACCAAUUGGCAAAAAUACAGGCGACUGUUGCAAUAGAAGGAUGUACUGAUGAGGAGAAUACGGACAGUGGAGGAGAGGGCAUGUACAGAGAACGUGAUGAAUUUGUAGUGAAGAUUGAAGAUAUAGAGACACUAAAGGUUGCUUUGCAAACAGGAAAAGAGCCUCCAGCUAUUUGGAAAGUACAGAAGGCUUUAUUGCAAAAGUUUGUUCCUGAAGUCCGAGAUAGUCAGAGAGAGUUUGCUGCUACUAACAGUUAUCUUGGAUAUUUUGGGGAUGCAAAAACAAAAUAUAGAAGAGUGUAUGUGAAGUUCAUUGAAAACUCGAACAAAAAGGAGUAUGUCAGAGUAUGUUCAAAAAAACCACGAAGCAAAUCUGUACAGUCAGCAAGGACUAUUCAUUGCAAACCUAACAGUAGCACCAACAAAACCCCUGAUCCACCAACACCAAAACCAGCAGCAGCAAAGGUCUCUUCUGUGAAACCCAAAGCUAAACAGCCAAAGGUAAAGGCUGAACCACCACCAAAGAAAAGGAAAAAGUGGAAAGAAGAAUUUUCAUCUUCCCAAUCUGAUUCUUCACCUGAGGCCCAGAGCGAUGAGGAUGAGCUUGUACCUCCAGCUCCCCUCGUUACUCGGUUUCUGAACACAAGAGCUAUGAAAGAGACUUUUAAGAGCUACAUGGAGUUGCUUGUUAGCAUUGCCUUGGAUCCAGACACAAUGCAAGCCUUGGAAAAGAGCAAUGAUGAGCUACUUUUGCCUCACAUGAGAAAAAUUGAUGGUAUGCUGAAUGAUAAUAGGAAAAGACUGCUUUCCAAAUUACGCUUGGAUCAUACAUUCAAGAAUGCUUUGGAAAAUUUUCCUGAACUGACAGUGAUCACUCGGGAUUCUAAGACAAAAACUGGAGGAACAUCUGUGUCUAAGAUCAAAAUGAAUGGUAAAGCUUACAACAAGAAAACACUGAGGGCUUCUAAAUCAGCCACUAAGUUAGCACCGGAGUUUACAGUAGAUCCAGAAAAAAUACAGUUGUAUUCUUUGUAUCACUCACUCCAUCAUUAUAAAUAUCACAUAUAUCUAACAUGUAAAGAAGAGAUUUCUUCUGUGCAGAAGAAGAGUGCAGACCUAGGACAGGAAGAGAUUGUGCAGCUCUGCAUGAAAAAUAUAAAGUGGGUGGAGGAUCUUUUUGAAAAGUUUGGUGAACUUCUGAACCGUGUCCAGCAGAAAUGCUCCUAACAGAAAUGUAUCCCAAGCCUCACGUUUUUCUAGAGCACUAACCCAAUGGAACAGAAAACUCGGAGAGAGGCUCUGAUUUCUUCUGCAAGGCCAGACUGUGUUCUCGCUCAUAGCCUUUUUUAUUUCUCUUUACGGAACAUUGUGCCUUGGCUCUUGCUAAGGAAAAGUGAUGCUGCCAAGGAAAUCAGUCCUUUGGAGAUGGAACUAAAUGCAAACCUAACCACAUUUUUAACCUGAAGAAUUAUUUUCUAUUUUGUAAAGUAUUGGAUAACUUAGUUUUAUUUUCAGAAAUGGUUUUGACAAGUGAUAAAGCAUGCACUACAUAUAUUUUUUCUUUAUUGCUAAAAAGUUAACAACUCUUAGAAUACUACAGAUUUUUCCAUCCCUGACUAAGCAACAGAAAAAUCAGUGUUGGGGUGAACUAAUUUUUACAUGUCUGGCCACCAAAUUUAGAGUUUUGUACAUUUUAUGAACAGAGCCGGAAUGACAUCAGCUUCUGCAUUACGUACAUUGCCAUCAUGAAAUACAGAAAUGUCAUUAUGCUUUAUGGACUCCUUUUACUAUUGUCAUGUUCAGGAGACUGAACAUGGAGUUGGUGCAAUCCUAUGACUGCUUUUUGUGUCAAAUUAUAUUGUAAUGAAAGACAAUGACCUUAACUAUUUUCCCUGUUUUGAACAAAAAGAAUAUUUUCCUUUAUACUGUGUUGUGGAUUUUUGUUGGCUUUUUUUUUUUUCUUUUGGGAAAAAAAUCUCAAUUGUACAUUUUAUCUCACUAAUAGUUGUAUUUUUCACAGAGGAAAUAUUGUGGUUAAAAUUGUUACAUGUAUCUUUGUAAUACACUUUCCAUUGUUUUCAGUAAAUCCUAUUCAUUUAUAUGUUGAUUUCAUAUUGUAAACUAUAUAUCUUGAGGUAACCCUUUUGUUUAUACAGGUUUGCUUCAGUGUUAACCAGAAUAAUGCAUUCUAGACUAGUUUUGCUUUAAGUGUAGUUGUGUUAGACACUGCAGUUAUUUUCUGAUACGUGAAAAUAAAUUUCUUACUAAACUA